GCCUGAGAGUCGAGUGACGCGGAUCGGAUCGAAAGAACCAGAAACUUCGUUCUAUUCUUCAGUCUUGACCUAGGGGAGAUUUUCCAGCUGGUCAAAAGAAAUUUACAGAAAAGAUGGCUGGCUCUGGGAGUAUCAGCAAAGGGAUGCAAGAUCGUCUGAAUCGGAGAGUGGUGCCUGAACCCCUCACAGAGUUUGAUAAUUCUGAUGCAGUGCCUGCUUCCAAUGCUGAAGCAAUGAUGCAGAUCCAGCCAGCUGGCUUGCAUAAAGAUGUCAUUCUUGUCUCUCUCCUGAAAGGAUGGUGCAAGGCAAAUGGGAAGAGCGACAAUAAGAGUCAGAGACUCUACAAGAAGAUGUUUCGCAAACUACAGGAUAAUAAGGUUAUAUCACCCGCUCAUGUUGAUGCCCUCAAGCAGUGUAAUUAUGACAUCCUUUUGAAGACGCUUGUCUCUUGGUCUCUCUCUUCAUCCAGUGAUGAUUCUCCUGGGGGCGGAGCUUUGUUACCCUUUGCACAUCGUUUACCGCUACCAGACCACGAUCAGUCGGCUUUCUUCCGUCAGCGCUAUGAAACAGAUUUCAUUCAAAUGGAGUCUAUUGGUGAAGGAGGAUUUGGCAAAGUGUACAAGGUUCAGCAUAAGUUGGAUAAAGAACAUUAUGCUAUCAAAAAGAUUAAAGUGACCAAGAAGAAAUCAUGCUCCCUUGAGUCUAUACAGAGGGAAAUACAAAUGCUGGCCUGUCUGAGCCAUCCUAACGUUGUUCGAUAUCACCAAUCUUGGUUUGGAGAGGAAAUACUAGCCGUUACUAAACAUGCAAACAAACAUCGACCGAUGCUGGAAUUCAGGUCAUUCAAUGACUUGGAAUCCAGUGAUGAUGAAAAGGGAGAUGAGGAGGAGGAAGAAGAGGAGGAGGACGAAGAAGAAGAAGAAAGGGAUAGAGAGGAGAUGUUGAUCAUAAAUAAAGAUGAAGAUGAUUCUUUUACUGAUAAAUCAAAGUUCAUGUAUUCUUGCCAGGAGAAGAAAAGCAUCAGCAAACGUGGGUCAACAUCUCCGAUCAUAACAGAAUAUGUAGAAUCAAGCACACAGCAUCAUUCUAAGCAUUCCAGUACAGUGGUGUUUAAUAAUCAACCAGAUAUUGAUAUGUUUGAUCCAGAGUUCAAAGUUUCAUAUGAAGAAGAGAGAUUUGACAGUGGUGAGUUAGUCAAUGAAUUCUUUUUACAAACGAGCGAGAAUGUAGAGAACAUCAGGCCCUUGGCCAAAGAAUUUGAUCAAACAUCAUACACUGAGGGAGUAACUAAUACUCCGGAAUCAUCAGGAACAUCCAGCAGCACAGUCAUUUUUCAAAAUGUGGAGUCAGAUGGAACAGACUGUGAUGAUUUCAAAUUACCAUCCCAGAAAGAACAAAAUUCUCCCAGACACAAAGUCUUGCGGCAGUCGCGCAAGUUCGAAAGGCAUGUUGAAACAACGGUGCAGUCUGACGACUAUGAAGAAAUCAGAACUACUGCCACGACUUCCAAAAAUAUUGUGAAAAGUACAAUCAUUCCGGUUACGUCAGCCACUGCUGCAUUGUUGAGUACCAUAACAUCGUCGCUUAGUUCUUCAACCCAGAUUCACCAAAGGAUCCAUGGUGCAUCGUCCCGUACAUAUGGAGCAGUACAAAAUGGUGCAUUCCGUCGGUCAAUAAGUUGGGAUGGUCAAGAGUCCAGUCCUGAAGUAGAUGGUGGAUGUUGGUCCAGGCCGAGGCAGUUGUACAAGAGACGUUAUUAUCUCUACAUCCAAAUGGAGCUGUGUAAAAGUACACUUAGAGCGUGGUUGAGUGAGCGCAAUGAUAGAGUAGCAACUAAGAAUCAAUUUGAUGUUGUGAAUGAGAGAGAUAAUCAAAAUAUCUACAAGCAGAUACUUGAAGGAAUAGAUUACAUCCACACACAAAAUAUACUACACAGAGAUGUGACUCCUAAGAAUAUAUUCUUGAGCCACAACGCUGAUGACCAUCCUCUAGUCAAGAUAGGAGAUUUUGGAUUAGCCCGGGUAGACGUCAUCACUGAGCUGAAGACUCCAAUGAGAUUUCAGAGGAACCAAGAAUUUGAUGAGUGUUGCAUUGACCCCGGUGUCUCCCAAACUUAUACAUCUGGGGUUGGAACACAAACCUAUGCAGCACCAGAACAGCUGGAUGGGACUACAUAUGACAAAAAGUCUGAUAUGUAUAGCAUGGGACUGAUCCUCUAUGAGUUAUACCACCCGUUUGUUACUGGCAUGGAAAGACACAAGUGCUUGGAAAGACUACGAAAAGGAAUCAUCUCAGAAGAAGUUCAGAAAAGAUGGCCUGUGCAGUACUCUGCGAUCCAGUGUCUAACAAAAGAUAAUAGCAAGGAAAGACCCAGUGCUGCAGAUCUUUUGUCUGGUGAUAUGUUCCCUUCAAAAGAUAAGAUAAUAGAAAGCCAAGCAGAUGAGAUUGAGAGAUUAACGAAACUGCUUGCUGAAAAAGAUGCCGAGAUAAGCCAAAUGAAAGAAAAGUAUUCAUGAUGCCUGCCUGAGAUACAAGAGAAUCCAUGUCAUCGGACAGCGUUUGAUGGCAGUACAAGGUACAUAGGAUAGUACUGCUGAUAAAAAACCUUGAUGUCAUUCAUAAUCAAAUAUCAAUUGGUAAAUUUCGUUCUUGAGAAAAGGACUUUGUAUGUAAUAAAUCCUGUUUUGUUCCUGUUGAACAGGGAUGGCUGGAUUCACCUCAUGGUCGUGGGAUUCCCCCUUACCUCUACCCUCAAGUAAAAUCUUGAUAUUGAUUAUAACCAAAUAUCAAUUACUGUUAUUUUUCUCAGGAGAUGGUUACUUUUCUUUUGCCAUUAGUAAUAGUUAUCCACACUGUGCUGCACUCGAACCAGAUUAGGUAAAUGGGUACCAGCAGGAAGUAAUUCCUCAAAAAGCUGUGUG